CACAGUCGGAUAAUAAAAGCGACAUGAGUUAUGAACACAUUUUGGAAGCUAUAUCCGGUUUGAUCAACAUCAGCAGUAUGUUUGUUGUCGUCUCGCCAUGUGUGCAUUCUACUUUCUGUUCGCCCUUUUUAUUUAUUUCUUGGAGAUAGACCAUGGUGGAUGGUCUACAGAUAAGGAGGCUGUGCUAGUCACACCUGGGCCAUGUACAAUAGAUGUCAGAGACCACACCCUCACACAGAAAGAAUUCCUCCACAGGUAUGCAUAUUCAAAACCAUUAAUAAUAAAAAGAGGAAGAAAUGAAAAUCAUAACUUUUUGAAAUCUUGCCGAAAAAAGAAUAUGCUAGAAAAAUAUGGAUCAAAGAAAAUUCGCUUAAGUUCAGCAAAUACCCACUCUUAUCAAAAAGUUGAUGUUACCUUACAGUAUUAUGUAGAGAAUGUCUUGAAACCUCAGACACUACAGAUGAUGGGGAAUGAGACAUUUUACUGGUUUGGUGAUAACAACUACACAGAGUGGCAGGAACUGUUUGACAUGUACUCCGCACCUCCAUAUUAUCUACCCGACAUGACUGGUGUAUACAGCUUUGGGCUCGCAGGUGCAGGCACUGGGGUACCAUUCCACUUCCAUGGUCCAGGGUUCGGUGAAGUCAUCUAUGGCAGGAAGCGUUGGUUCUUGACACCCCCAGAUAAGAAGCCAAACUUUCACCCCAAUCGGACAACACUACAGUGGCUUAUAGAGGACCUACCUAAACUCGGCUCUGAAGAUCAUCCUCUGGAAUGUACUAUAGGUCCAGGGGAGAUGAUCUACUUUCCCGACAGAUGGUGGCACGGGACGUUGAACAUCGACACAAGUGUUUUCAUCAGCACAUUCCUAGGAUAAUGUACAUAUACAAAUAUUUAUACACUUGUUUUAUUUAUUUAUUUUAAUAAAAUUUUCUUUUUCUCUAGA